CGUUGGCUCCGGUUGGCCCACACCGGACGUGGCACUUCACCGACGGCUACAGCUGUGUGCGCCGAGCCGCUGCUUUUGUUCCCGGUUAAAGCGAGACAAAACCUCCUAUUUUCUGCGGAUUGGACCUUCCACCAUGGGGCUCACAAUUUCCAAUUUGUUCACCAAGCUUUUCGGCAAAAAACAGAUGAGGAUUUUAAUGGUUGGUCUGGAUGCUGCUGGGAAAACCACUAUUUUAUACAAACUGAAGUUGGGUGAAAUUGUAACAACAAUCCCCACAAUUGGUUUUAAUGUGGAGACAGUAGAAUACAAAAACAUCAGUUUCACAGUGUGGGACGUCGGCGGUCAGGACAAGAUCAGACCUCUUUGGAGACACUACUUUCAGAACACACAGGGUCUGAUCUUUGUAGUGGACAGCAAUGACAGAGAAAGAAUCGCAGAGUCAAGAGAUGAACUAAGUAAGAUGCUCCAGGAGGAUGAGUUAAAAGACGCGGCCUUACUGGUGUUCGCCAACAAGCAGGACCUGCCUAACGCUCUAUCAGUCAGCGAACUCGCAGAGAAGCUCGGUCUGCACGCCCUCCGUAACAAAGAUUGGCACAUCGAAUCUUCCUGCGCCACUCAAGGCACCGGUCUCUAUGAAGGACUAGACUGGCUAUCCAAUGAACUGUCCAAGAAAUAAUGCAGGAAGUGACAGAAGGCAAACAAAAUGGCUGAAUCUCCACGAAGGACAGCAGAUGGACAUCUACGCACCUGGACACACUUAACCACCUCCGGGCUCGUUGGGUCUAAGAACAUUUUAACAUCUCAAUCUUUCUCUCCUUUUCUGAACGCUAUUGUCUUGUCAAGAUUUCAGCUCCUCCUCUUUUAUUUCCAAAUGUGUGAACUCAAAUGUUUCUUUCUUUUCUUUUUUUUUUUUUUUUCUCUGACAUUGAAAGCAUCCCACCGCUUCAAGUCUGUACAGUAAUUACUCCCAUGUAUGUUGAGGUUAGCAGUUGUCAAGGUAACAAGCAAGUUGUGCCUUUUGGUUGCACCUGUAAGACGAUAUUUCCCAACACUUUUAUUUUAUGUAAAUCACCAAAUUCUACUACUAAACAAUUUCGUAUAUGUUUAAAUGCAUGACGCAAUGGACCAGUGUUUUUGGCAAUUUUUGCGUUUCCUAAUUUUUUCUUUUUUUUUUUCCAUAUGGAUUAUUGAAUUUAGUUUUGCUCAUGCACAUUAUUUUCGUUUCACUUUUGUUUUAUCAUUAAGGGAUAGUCCAGUAUUUUGAAUGUAAGUAGCUGUUACUUAAGGGGGAUAGUAAAGUACUUUUUGCAGUAAUUGUUGAAGUAGCAAAGUGGACCCAAGUAUUGACUGAAUUGAAUUGUGGUACAGAAAGUCAAUCACAUAGGGAACUCUGGCUCUGCUUCUCCAAAUAGUGUCUUAAGUAGUGAAUGUGAUCUGUCAAAAACACAGGCACUUUGACAAAAUACUGAACUGUCCCAUUAAUUUUACCGUAAAGUAGCAUGUUUUGUGUUGUUGUGUAAUAUUUAAUAACGUUUUAAUAAUUGUAUGCGUCUUCACAUACAACCAUGUCGGCCCAUUCCAAAUUAUGCUUGCAAAUAGUCAGCAUUUAAAUAUUAUUUUACGAAAUAUCUUUGAAUAAAAACUAUGUUUAAACCA